AUGACCAAUCAACAACAAAAACUAUUAUGCGAGUAUGAGAGAGAUCACCAAGGAUGCACUCAACAAGAUUUGGUGAAGUGGAUUGGCAAAACUUUUGAUUUGAAAGUUAGUCAAGGAACAAUAUCAAACACUCUUAAGAGAUCAUCGGAGUUCCUAUCGGCUAACGUUGACAAAGAUGGAUCUUCCAAGCGUCACAAAGCAGCCAAUUAUCCGGACAUGGAGAAAGUUGUUUAUGAAUGGUUUCUACAACAUCAAGAGUGUGUGAAUAUAACAAGGGUGUUAAUCAUAAAGAAGACGGUUGAGACGUUUGUGAGAUUGAGAACUUGA